AUGUCCGACCAAGCAGUUGCUGACUUCGGCCUCAUCGGCCUGGCCGUCAUGGGCCAAAACCUCAUCAUGAACGUUGCCGACCACGGCUUCACCGUCGUGGCGUUCAAUCGCACGGUAGCCAAGGUCGACCGCUUCCUGGAGAACGAAGCCAAAGGAAAAUCGAUUGUUGGAGCGCACUCGGUCGAGGAGUUCUGCUCUAAGCUGAAGAAACCCCGUCGUAUCAUGCUUCUGGUAAUGGCCGGCAAGCCCGUGGACGAUUUCAUCGAGAGCCUCCUCCCCCACGUUGAGAAGGGCGAUAUCAUCAUCGACGGAGGCAACUCGCACUACCCAGACUCGAACCGCCGAACCAAGUAUCUGGCUGAAAAGGGCAUUCGAUUCGUCGGCACCGGUGUCUCGGGCGGUGAAGAAGGCGCUCGUUACGGCCCUAGCUUGAUGCCCGGUGGUAACGAGGAGGCCUGGCCGUUCAUCAAGGAUAUCUUCCAGAGCGUUGCGGCAAAGAGUGACGGCGAGGCGUGCUGUGACUGGGUUGGUGAUGAAGGUGCCGGACACUACGUCAAGAUGGUGCAUAACGGUAUCGAGUAUGGAGACAUGCAAUUGAUCACCGAGGCAUACGACAUCCUCAAGCGAGGCCUGGGAAUGACCCCGGCUGAGAUCGGUGACGUCUUCGAAAAAUGGAACACCGGCGUUCUUGACUCUUUCCUCAUCGAAAUCACCCGUGAUAUUCUCCGCCACAACGAUGAUGACGGAACUGCUCUACUCGAAAAGAUCCUCGACGCUGCCGGCCAAAAGGGAACUGGCAAAUGGACUGCUAUCAACGCACUCGACCUGGGCAUGCCAGUCACGCUAAUCGGAGAGGCCGUGUUUGCUAGAUGCCUUAGCUCUCUCAAGCAGGAGCGUAUCCGUGCCAGCAAGGUGCUCAAGGGGCCCGAGCCAGACUUCAAGGGCGACAGGAAGGAGUUUAUCGACAACCUCGAGCAGGCUCUCUAUGCUUCCAAGAUCAUCUCCUACGCUCAGGGGUUCAUGCUCAUCCAGGAGGCUGCCAAAGAAUACAAAUGGAAGCUAAACAAGCCAUCCAUCGCCCUUAUGUGGCGAGGCGGAUGCAUCAUCCGCUCUGUCUUCCUCAAGGACAUCACAAACGCCUACCGUACCAACCCUGACCUCGAAAACCUCCUCUUCGACGACUUCUUCAACAAGGCAAUCCACAACGCCCAGGCUGGAUGGCGUGACGUCGUAUCCAAAUCCGCUCUAUGGGGUAUCCCAACCCCUGCGUUCAGCACCGCUCUGGGCUUCUAUGACGGCUACAGAUCGCGCGACCUGCCAGCCAACCUGCUGCAGGCACAGAGAGACUACUUUGGAGCCCACACGUUCAAGAUCAAGCCCGAGUGUGCCAGUGAGAAGUAUCCCGAGGGUCAGGAUAUCCACGUCAACUGGACAGGGAGGGGAGGCAACGUCUCUGCCUCGACAUACCAAGUCUAA